AUGGAAAUGAAGAGCUCAGAGAAAGUGGCUCUGCACAGCUCAGAGCACCAAGAUCCAACAGAAAGUCUGUUGAAAGAAAGCAAAGGAACCUCCUGGGCUCCGAUAAAUACAGGAGUUCAAAAAGGGAGUGGGCAGAUUCAGCUCUGGCAGUUCCUGCUGGAGCUCCUCUCUGACAGCACCAACAUGUCGUGCAUCGCGUGGGAGGGCACCAACGGAGAGUUCAAGCUCAUCGACCCUGAUGAGGUGGCCCGGCGCUGGGGGGAGCGCAAAAGCAAACCCAACAUGAACUACGACAAGCUGAGCCGGGCGCUGCGCUACUACUACGACAAAAACAUCAUGACCAAAGUCCACGGCAAAAGAUACGCCUACAAGUUUGAUUUCCACGGCUUGGCGCAGGUGUGCCAGCCGUCCACCACCGAGCAGGCCAUCUACAAAUUUCAGGGCAACUUCUCCCCGAUCCCCUUCUCCGGGAUUUCCAAACUGAACCUCGUGGCUCCUGGCGUGGGGCCUUCGGGGUUCUCCUACUGGGCUGGCUCCACACCAGCGGCUCUGUACCACAGCCACAACCUCCAGCCUCCGGGGCCGUUUGGCACCGUGUCCCCGUCCCACAUCGGCUGCGUCAACAACAUCAGCAGUCUGAGCACCAUCAACAACCACUACAACUGACUCUCGAUGCGUAUUUUAGACACACCGGGAAACCGACACACUGCAGUGAGGGAGGACAGACAAACAGCACAAACACGCUGACUUUGGUGUUUGGC